AUGUCGGGUAAGAAGGUUCUGUGCUUCUCCUUUAAAACCAAGCCGGUCGCCCACAAGGCUGGAGGGUUGUGGUUCUUUGAGUGUCUUGUUGCACCUGUUGCCUCACCGGCAGAGGAGCAGGCCGCCGAGGCCAAACAGGAAGAGGAGCAGGGGCUGGACAGCGAGGAAGGUCCACCCCAGGCAGAGCCUGAGGAAGAAGACGGGGCAGAGGCCUUCUCCUUCAAAUACAGCCCCGGGAAGCUGCGGGGAAACCAGUACAAGAAGAUGAUGACCAAAGAGGAGCUGGAGGAGGAACAGAGAGUUCAGAAAGAACAGCUGGCUGCUAUCUUCAAGCUCAUGAAGGACAACAAGGAGACGUUUGGCGAGAUGUCCGACGGCGACGUGCAGGAGCAGCUCCGGCUCUACGACAUGUAGGCCGCCGCCGCCCAGCGAGACGCCGCCACGGCCGAGCCGCGACUCCACCCUGGCCCAGGACCCAAGCCCGUGCUGCUCUCAGGCUUCUCUAGGCUUCACUGUACCUUCUGUACGUAGGUGUAGAGCUCUAUUAUAUACCGAGCUGCUCAGUUCUUGCAAUUUAUGUGUCGUGUUACAGGAAUCAGGGCUUUGUCUUCAGAGGAGAAAAGCCCUGGAUUCUCUGGCUUCUGCCUGCUGGUGAGGUUCUGGCUGUCACACAGGUAACCCUCCAAGGCUGUCAUCUGAUCCAAAUUAAACCUUCCGUGCAGACCCUGGGCAGGCAGUGGCCAAGCAGGGCUGACCUGAAGGCUCAGCCCCUGCCCCACCACCACAUGGGUGAAGAUGAGUAUCAGGUCCCGCUGCCCGAGCGUCCAGUCUAGCAACACUACACCUUGUUCUGCCUUUGAAGGAUUUCUGGAAGCUCCUGUAACUGAAUGGAAGCAAGCCGUAGGCGAGCAUUCUUUAAGCAAAAAGUCUGAUUCAAAGGCUCACUUUCCAUUGUGGAACAAAGCAACAGUAUCAGAGUUAAGACCCUCUAAAAGUUUCCCUUAUUUAAGCAUGAGACUUACAUUGUAUAUAAUUAAGCCUUACAUAAGUGCUUAUAAUUCCCCCAGAACUGUGCUAGACACUGUUAAUGGAAAUAAAAUAUGCAACACAGUCCCAAACUUUAGAGAGAUUAAAGUCCUUUAGAAGACAGGCACAUAUGCAGGAAAAGAGAACUUCCCCAGACAGCGUUCAAUAAAAUGCCAAAAUGACCUCACAAAGAGUGUCUGGGACCCCUGAGCACAUCAGUGCACUUCUGUGAGUCAGUGAGUGCGUGACAACGGAAGUAACAGCGGUCCCUCCCUGCCACCCUGUUUCUGAUCACCCCACUGGCAGGAAACUUCAUAGCCAACAGAGUUAAGGAGAGUGUGCUAAAGGGAUAACCCCAGAGAGCUUGAAAAUAUUUUUUAUUUGCUGAAAUAAAACUAAGCACACUAAAAUUAAAAGAAGCAGUGGCAUUUUACAUACCUCAAGUUGGUAAUUAUCACGGCAAGUACAGUGACUCUUCCACUAUCUCCUGCUUGUUAGGACUUUUCCGGCCCCCCUCCCCGAUCUGUCACUGUAAUUGCUUUUACUCCUUUGCUGACAGUCCACGCAGCAAGAGGGUCUGCUCUCUGUCUGUUAUAUCUGAAUGUCGGUGCUUUUUUCCUUUUUCUUUAAAAUUAUUUUUUAUCUUUUUCGUCACUGCUUUUUAAAAAUUUUAUGAUUUAAGUAUUGUUUGUGCCCUCUCUCGGGUCCCAAGGACCCCCACCCCCACCCCAGAGUUGUUGUUAUCUCCCUGCCCCCUAAAUGCGUGUCAGCAGAACUUGCACUGCCCUCCCUGCAGCCACUUUAUAUCUCUUUCCUCCUCACCUCCUUCCUCCGGGGCUUGACUGCACCAAAGAAGCAAGAAUGUGACUUGUGGGUACUUGGGUCAAAAUUCUCACAGCUAUGAGAAAAAAUAAAUUCAAGGAACUUUUC